AGCAAACCUCUGCAGGGUCCGCGGCCCCCGCUGCUCGCCAGAGGAGGGUCCCGGGGCCUAGGACGCUGGCCCGGUGCGGGACGCGCCGGCAGGCGGCGGAGAGGCCGGCCCAAGAUCUGGGAGGAGCGCGGGGGUGGGCGCUGCAGCCGCGGGUUGUUUAUCUGGAGUACGGAGGGGAGGGGGGAGCCUGGAAACCGCCCCGUGUCCCAUUUCCUCCUCUUGUUUUCGCUCCGGAUUCUCCAUGUUGGACCCAAACUGAGGAGCCCGGAGCUGCCACCGGGGGAUCGGGGCUGGGGGCACCGGGGAAGCCGCCGCCUGGCCCGCCCGCCCUCUGUGCAGGCCGCCUCCCUUCCCGGCCCGGGGAGGAAACGCGAGGGGGAUGUGAACAGCUGCGGGAGUCGGAGUCUCGGGAGCCGGAGCCCGACGGGCCCCCGCCCAGGCCCCCCAGCCCAGCCCGCCUGCGCGCCCGCCCGCGCGUCCUCCCGCCCAGCCAGCCCGGGCCCGCGGGAUUGUUAGAUGGAACACGGCUCCAUCAUCACCCAGGCGCGGAGGGAAGACGCCCUGGUGCUCACCAAGCAAGGCCUAGUCUCCAAGUCCUCGCCUAAGAAGCCCCGUGGCCGCAGCAUCUUCAAGGCCCUCUUGUGCUGUUUCCACACACAGCAUGUUGUCCAGUCAAGCUCUUCUACUGAGCUCACACACAAGGAGGAGGCCAACACCAUCGCCAAGUCCGAUCUGCUCCAGUGUCUCCAGUACCAGUUUUAUCAGAUCCCUGGAACCUGCCUGCUCCCCGAGGUGACAGAGCAAGAUCAAGGCAGGAUCUGCGUGGUCAUUGACCUGGAUGAAACCCUUGUGCACAGUUCCUUUAAGCCAAUCAACAAUGCUGACUUCAUAGUGCCUGUAGAGAUUGAGGGGACCACGCACCAGGUGUAUGUGCUCAAGAGGCCUUAUGUCGAUGAGUUCCUGAGACGGAUGGGGGAGCUCUUCGAAUGUGUUCUCUUCACUGCCAGCUUGGCCAAGUAUGCUGACCCUGUGACUGAUCUCCUGGACCGGUGCGGGGUGUUCCGGGCCCGCCUGUUCCGAGAGGCUUGUGUGUUCCACCAGGGCUGCUAUGUCAAGGACCUCAGCCGCCUGGGAAGGGACCUGAGGAAAACUGUCAUCCUGGACAACUCCCCUGCAUCUUACAUCUUCCACCCAGAAAAUGCAGUGCCCGUGCAGUCCUGGUUUGAUGACAUGGCAGAUACAGAGUUACUGAACCUGAUUCCAGUCUUCGAGGAGCUAAGUGGGACAGAUGACGUCUACACCAGCCUUGGGCAGCUGCGGGCCCCUUAGCCUUCCUGCUCCAAGAAACGGCCAUCCCAACAGGGGACUCUGCUACACUGUGCCUUUGUGGUCAGCCUCACUGACAGGGUCUGCAAGUAGCCAGGGCGUGUGGGACAAAAGCUGUAGGCAGGUCACACGCAGAGCAGGAAGUCAGACCAAGACCCCAGAGCUCUCUGCACCCUGUGCUCAGUUCCCAGGUGGUUGUGUGGGUGUGUGUGUGUGCAUGUGCCCGUCCGGUAAACUAUGGUCCUGGGUGCCCAGUUGUGCAGUAGGGGGAGAAGCUGAAAGAUCAAGACUCAACCCAAGUCAUUUGUCUCUUUUCCUGCUAUGCUGUGAGCUACUGAGCUUUACAGCCAUGAAAACUAUUGUAGGCUCCCUCACCAAACCAUGGCUUUCCCUCAGCAUCACAAGACCUGUGCCAAGGAGAAGGGAGAGGCCAGAGGCUGCUUUGGAUGCCCAGACACACAUCUUUCAGAAAACACAGAAACCUAGCCAGCAGCUGCAGACAUGUUUGGGAAUAUGAGAGCAUGUUCGCAGACCCACCAGGUUCUGUGUCCUACGGGCUACACCUGGCUCCAGCAAGAAUGCCUGCCAUGGGCACUUCUAUGUACCCGGGCUCCAGUGCCAGGCCAGCCUUCUCACUCCCAAGCCAUAGUCCUACUCCCAUGGGAAAGGAGGUCUUCUCUCUGCCCUGGAGGAGGACAUAUAGCUGAUUUCUGUUCUUUUAACUCUUAAAAUUCUCUUUCUAAACUUGGAGUGGUUUGUAUUCGCCCGAGCUCCAGUCCUGGGCCUGAGGUUCGUGUGGGAAGCGCUGGGGUACAAGGAAAAUGCAAAUGUUCAAUGCAAGAUGUCUGUCUCCUUGCAUGUAGAUCCCAAAAGUGCUCUUCAGGGGUUCUGUGCUAGCUGAUGCAAGGACAUUAGCUCCAAAGGCUGGGGAGGGCUUGGCUCUCCCUCUGUGUCUUCCUGGUGUCCCGCCCUGGCCAGGUCUCGUCUGUUCUGUGUGUCUUCCCCAGUGCCCCACCCUGGCCAGCUCUCAUCUGUUCCGGCCUUUAUCCUUCUUGGCUGUUUCUCUUCCUCUCCAGGGGCUUGGGAGAAGGACUUUCCCAGGUUGUACUUAAUUGAUUGGUUGUCCCAGGUGUUGCUCUUACUUGAUUUGCCAAAUGCCUCCUGCUUCUCGUUAUAGGACUGAGUGAGGUCCUCACAGCCCUGUGCUCUGGGCAGCUCUGAGCUGUCAGUCCUGUUGCUUUAAAUGUCAGUCACAGAGUGGAAAGCUAACAUUGGGAACACAAGGGGCCCCUGAGGAGCCUCCACCUCAGCAUCACUGCCUUAACUGAGUCCUGCCCAGGGUUGGGUAGGAUUCUCCGCACUCCCUGCCUCCCUCUGAGGUGGGUGGGAGUUCCUACCCCAUCUCUGCUUCCCCUGGAGGCUGGUGAGUGUUUGUGGGUUGGUUCAGGUGUGGUUACCUCCCACUCAGGAGUCAAUAUUUUCUAGUUUCCACACAUGAGGAGGUCCUGCCUGGGGUUUGAGAAAGCCUGGUGGAGGCGCGUGGUGGUGUGAGUGGAGGCUGGCUGGCAUUCCUCCAGCAUUCUGCAGACUUCUUCCUGGGCCCGAGGCUAUGGAGCCUUGGCUUUCACUUCUGUGACAAACAUAUGCCAUGUCCCCAGCCUCAUUUGCUGGUGUCUGUAGGGUCCUCCCAAGGUGAGCUGAGGGCUGCAGGUGCUAGCCAGGAACAUGGGAGCUUGGCUGUGGCUUCAGGUCCAGGCCCUGGUCUCAUUGGCAUCCCAAUACUGCAGGAGGGGUCUUCUCACAAAACUCUGAGGGCUGAUCUUGACUAAGCAAUAAGAGCCUCAGAGUUGAUUAAGGUCCCUUUCUGGCUUAUUGGUUCUCCAUGCUUUACCUGUGACCAAAGCCCGGUGUGGCUUCAUGGGAGCCCCGUUACUUCUCCAUGAAACCCCAGCUCUCUAGGCCUGACUGCCACCAGAAUCCUCUUACCACCUGCAGUCUGCUACCGAGAUGCCAUAUCAACUCCUCUCUUCCCAAAACUAGACAGGAUCUGUCAUGGUGGCCCGGAGUCAGCUAGAUGUUGUCUCUUGCUAUCCCUGUGCUAGUUCCAUGUUUUAGGAGCAAAGUGAUACUGGGGAGGAGAGGAGCCAGUGCCUCCUGAAGCCCUUGCUCCACUGCCACCAGCCCAGCUGCCCCAGUGCAAACUGGUCUUCAGGAGUCAGGAGACCACCGGACCAGGUGUCAGCAUCCACUCAAAGCCAUGCUAGGAAUCUGCCCCUGCCAGGUUCAGCUCUUUACGGUGCCUCUUCAGGGACACAGUGUGUGUCUGAUUGGGCUUCUCAUCAAAAGCCUGAUGUUCCUGUCCCUCUUAUAGGGGGAGCUUUGGACACAGGACCAGUUUGAUAAAGGGCCAGGUAAGGGUUUCCACUCUGCACAUUGUAGAGGGGACACUGUAGGCCCAUGGGUCCCUAAUUAAAGAAGUUGAGUGAAUUUGCCUUCGUUUAACCAGGGACCUGUCUCACUCCCUCCCAAAGAUUUUUGUAUAAUUGUAUAACCCCCUCUGUUAACAGUGGCUCAGAAAAGCUUUGUACUAAAAGCAUGGGACCCUCACAGCAACCAUUCCUGGGAGAUUGGUCCCUUGCAGGUCCAUGUCCUGCUCUUUCCAGAGGCCUCUUGGUGGUGUGGCCUGUUUGUGCUGUCCUGCAUCCAGUGUGUCGGCCUGGCUAAGUGAGAAUGGUGAGCUGUUUCCCUCUUUGGGCUACUUAACCACAGCUACUCCUUUUUUAAAAAUAGCCUAGUUCUCCCUACACACACACACACACACACACACACACACACACACACACGGUUUGAUGAAUUCCAAACGGGUUUGAACUCCUGUUUAGCCAAGAAUGAUCUUGAGCUGGUCUCCUGCCUCCUCCUCCUCCUGAGUGCUGGGGUUACAGGUAUGAUCACCUUGCUGGCUUAUGAGGGGCUGGGGACAACCCAGGGCGUGUCAGGCACACACUCCCAACUAAGCUACAUCCCCAGCCCCUCUUUCUAGAAAACAUCGAUAAGUCUAUAUCCAGGGGAGCCCAUCCUUUAGUGCGGGGUCAGCUCCCAGAACUGCCCUGCACCGUAAGCUGGUGGUUCUCCACGCCUGUCAUCACCCCAAAUCUGUCUGUUCCCAUGAUGCCAUUUGGAGGGGAGGGGUCUGCUUCCCACUGUGACCAGGCUAUGGGAUCCUUGGCCACCUUGCUUCAUGAUUUGAUAUAUUUGUUGUAUUCAAAAACUUGAACUGUAGGAUGCCAUUAAGAGUCUGUUUAUAUUUUUGGAAUAUUUGUAUUACAAUUGUUAAUAAAGGCUGGUUUACAAACCUG